AUGACAUGUGAAAGUAUUCUUAAAGAUACCAAACGAUAUUUGACACCGUUUGAACAGAAUGAAAUUAAAGAAUAUAGAAAAGUUUGGUUCGUAGGAAAAAAAGACAGUAAAAUUCGGGCAUUAACUACAUCUGAGGAGGCCAAGUCAUUUGAUGAUGACCAAGGAUUCUACAGACCAAGGAUUGGAGACCACCUGGCUUAUCGUUUUGAAAUACUGAGGGUGAUAGGAUCGGGAUUUGCUGGCAAAGUCCUCAAGUGUAAGGACCACAAGACAACAAUGCUCGUGGCAGUCAAGGUCUUUCGAAACACAUCCGAGGGUCAUGGUUUUGCGGAGGCGGAACUAAAAGUUUUAAAGACCCUGCAAAAGUUAGACAAGAGCAACAAAGCUAAUAUAGUUCACAUGAAGGAGUACUUUUACUUCCGCAACCAUCUGUGCAUCACUUUUGACCUCUUUGAAAAAGACCUCUUCAAGGCCCUAAUGCAGACCAAAAUGCGACGACUCCAUGACGGGGACAUCAGAAAGUACGCCACAGAUGUGCUUAGGUGUCUUCAAGUGCUCAAAGGCAUGAAGAUUGUUCACGGUGACCUAAAACCAGAAAACAUCCUGUUAGACAAGGAAAACAAUGCUGCAGUGAGCGAUUUUGGAGGAUGCAUUUUUUUGAAAGACCAUGGUAAACCAACGAUUUACACUCUACCGUACAUGUCUCCAGAGCUGCUCCUUGGCAAAACAUCUACCCCAGCAACUGACAUGUGGAGCCUAGGCUGUAUGUUGGCUGAACUCGACAGAGGCUACGCGCUCUUUAGUGGCCAUACCAAGGCAGACAUGUUCUACUCUAUCACAAGAGUGCUUGGCGUUCCACCAGUGGAAAUGCAGAUUGAAGCAAAUGAAAAGAAAUUCCGCAUUGGUAGCCCAGAGAUGGAAGCCUCAAAACACCCCAAAAAUACACUGGCAAUGAGGAUAAGGUCAAGCAAUCCAAAAUUUCUGGAUUUCAUUUCAUACUGCUUAGAAUAUGAUAUAAAGAAGAGACUCACACCAGAGCAGGCUUUGCAUCAUCCAUGGAUCCUAAAUGAAGACUUCAAUACUCUCAACCAACCAUCCAAAAGCAGCUUACUAAAGAGAGAGAAAAUGGCACCGCCACUGUUGCAGCCAUUGGUACCAUAUAAAUAA